AUGGCGGGGAUUUCGAAAGAACAUCAACUGUCUAGAGACGUUUACAAUACUCUUCAACGUUUGAAUUGUCCUCUGGUUGAGGGUCUGUACCUGAGGGAAGCAGAGAGCAUGCAAGAACUUCUCUGUACGCCAUCAGUACACAGAACAGAUAUUCUGAAAUGGACUUGUGUAAGUAUUUGUCCCUCACUGAGAAUGAAGUUCUCUACCCUCAAGUCAGCAGAAAUGGAUAAAAUAAAUCAAGAAAUUGUAUGUCUGGGCUAUGAAAUGAUGAUAUGCAAAGCUGAUGACCUGGAACUGGUCAAGGGCUAUGUUACCCCUUUACAACAACUGCUGUUUUGGGGGGAACUCCUGUCACUGAUUCCUCCGCCUCCUCCGACAGAGAAGAGUGAGAAUAACACCUCCUCUUCCUCUGGGAAAGAGUUAUGUGCUGGAGCAGCCAUGGGAAUGAAUGCGGAAUUUCUCCGGGAGCUGAUCUCUCAGGAACAUCUGUCAGACUUACAUCAGCUCCUGACCCCAACCAGCAAAUGCCUCAAACGCACACAGUGUGCUCAGAACAACACCGCUGCCGUCCGCUCCCAAAACAUGCAACGCCAUAGAACAACUAAACCGAAGGGCUCCUUUAACAAGAGUCAUCAGAGCUCUACCCAGACUCCCCUUUGUGACGAUGACCCUGCGGAUGCGACAGCACUGCUGCAUGCCACUCAGAGCGCCAUAGAGAAGUUGCACAAAGAGUGUGAGUUCAUGCAGGCAAAUGCCUCUGGUCCUGGAGCAGCAGUUUUGUCGCCUUGUGCACUGCGAGUGGCCAUAUCAGACCUCUCUCAGCUCAUGUCUGCAUUCAGACAGGUUUACAACACAGACUUCAAGGGUUACUGUCAGAGAUCACCCCCUGCCCUCAGUCCCAAUGCACACAUCUUCCAGAACGUUCAUCAGCUCCUGCAUACCUGCAACAUGGAGCUGCAGGCUCUUCAGCAGCUGUCAGAUACAUCCACCUCACUAACCGAGGCAGUGAAACAUGUGCAGGCAGACAGGCGCUACUGGGCUAGUGGGGAGAAACACACACUGCCUUACUGUCUGGAGGAACUGAUUAACAGAUAUACUGCUUUUCUCUCUCUUCACCAAUCGUGAGCUUAAAGAAAUAUGGAAGCUGUCUCUCCUAAAGUUUAACCCAUUGUAUAGCUUGUGUAAUCC